AAGAGCUCUAUCCCGUGACACGGGCGGGAAACUGAGGCACAAGGCAGCGGCAUCUGUUGCGUGGAAGUCCUUAUCGCCCGACACCCCAGAGCUGCUUCCCUUGGCUCACUGCGGUUCCAUCAGCCAUGCCCGUCUCCAAAGCCUCCCGGCUCUCGCUGCGGAGGGAACUUCCUCUUCUUUUUUCCUAAAAUAUCCUCAUUCAUGUUCUUUUUUCAUGAACGCCCCCAGUCGUGAUUUCACACACAGCGCUCUCUCCUCUCCUUGCAUUGAUCUUUGCUUUCACUCUCUCGCUUCCUUACGUUUGGCCCAAGUAGACCCUUAGGUUGGUGUUUUGGGGGCAACCACAGGCAAAUAAUGUGGACCAUGCCUGGCUCAUACUUAAUUCGAGAUCGGGUGAGAGGUGGUGUAGAGCUCCGUAAAGGGAGUCGAAUGACUGGGUUACGCUGUUACGUUUGACCUGGAUCUAAUCACCGAGGCUCUCCCAGCCAACUUCUUUUCUCUAAGUAAGGAAGCUGGAUUAGCUCAACUCUAAAUCCCUGCUCCCCAGCUGUCAAAUCUUUGUCUCCUCAAGCCAUUCACUAAACGUUGGACGAUCACAGUCCCCAGACAAUCACGUAUCCAGUUUACAUGCCAUUGAGAUUUGAACCCUAUUUUGGAUUGGGUUUCAAACCAAGAUACUGGAUUCUCCCAGUUCAGAUAAAGAGCUCUGAGCACGUAACAGUGAAAAUGGAUAGCCUGCAUUCACAGCGCACAGACUGAAGACAUGACACUUAAGGAACACACGUGGACUUGUGGCACAUGGAUAGGUGUGCACAAAAAAAGGAAAUCUGUACUUCUUUAAAGAUAGGAAGACAUUCUUCCUCACCAACAUGGGUACUUUCUGCUCAGUUAUCAAGUUUGAAAAUCUCCAAGAAUUAAAGAGACUGUGCCACUGGGGCCCCAUUAUAGCCCUCGGUGUUAUAGCAAUAUGUUCUACGAUGGCCAUGAUUGACUCUGUGUUGUGGUAUUGGCCCUUACAUACAACUGGAGGAAGCGUGAAUUUCAUCAUGUUGAUAAAUUGGACGGUCAUGAUUCUUUAUAAUUACUUCAAUGCCAUGUUUAUUGGUCCUGGCUUUGUCCCUCUGGGGUGGAAACCGGAAAAUUCUCAGGAUAGCAUGUACCUCCAGUAUUGUCAAGUCUGCCAAGCAUACAAGGCACCACGGUCACAUCACUGUCGAAAGUGUAGCAGGUGUGUGCUGAAGAUGGACCAUCACUGUCCUUGGAUCAACAACUGUUGUGGUUACCAAAAUCAUGCUUCAUUCACACUGUUUCUCCUGUUAGCACCAUUGGGUUGUAUUCAUGCUGCCUUCAUUUUUGUUAUGACGAUGUAUACACAGCUUUAUAACCGGCUCUCCUUUGGCUGGAACACGGUCAAAAUUGAUAUGAGUGCAGCCCGGAGAGAUCCUCUUCCAAUCAUUCCGUUUGGAUUAGCUGCAUUUGCUGCCACCUUGUUUGCCUUGGGAUUAGCUUUAGGAACAACCAUAGCUGUUGGGAUGUUGUUUUUUAUCCAGAUAAAAAUAAUUCUCAGAAACCAAACUUCUAUUGAAUCAUGGAUUGAAGAAAAGGCUAAAGAUCGAAUUCAAUAUUAUCAGCUAGAUGAAGUCUUUGUUUUUCCUUAUGACAUGGGGAGUCGAUGGAAGAACUUUAAGCAGGUAUUUACCUGGUCAGGGGUCCCAGAAGGAGAUGGACUGGAGUGGCCAGUCAGAGAAGGCUGUCACCAGUACAGCUUAACAAUAGAACAGUUGAAACAAAAAGCAGAUAAAAGAGUAAGAAGUGUUCGGUAUAAAGUAAUAGAAGAUUACAGUGGUGCCUGCUGUCCUUUGAACAAAGGAAUCAAGACAUUCUUCACGAGCCCCUGCACGGAAGAGCCUCGGAUACCGCUGCAGAAAGGGGAGUUCAUUUUGGCCACGAGAGGGUUACGAUACUGGUUAUAUGGAGACAAAAUUCUUGAUGAUUCCUUUAUAGAAGGUGUUUCAAGAAUCAGAGGGUGGUUCCCUAGAAACUGCGUGGAGAAGUGUCCCUGCGAUGCUGAGACGGAGCAAGCCCCAGAGGGCGAGAAGAAAAACAGAUAGCCGCGAUCAAAAUCCAGUGAUUCCUUAAGCCCACCCCAUUACUUGAAAAUUGUGCAUAUCACUAAAGAAUUAUGCAAUGAGCCUACUCUGGUUAAGGUGUUCUUUUCCUCAAAGGUGCCCUAGUGCCAUGAUCUAAAUAUUGUUAUGAACAUUUUGAAAUGGAGAAGCCAUUCUGCAUAUGCCUUUGAAUUCCUGCCCCUCUUGGCCACCUCUUCCUCGCCCCAAAAGGAAAAAACACUUCACCCCAGUAAGUCAAUUGCAUUUUCUCUAGGGUGUUCUACGCACUGCACACUAUGGACCUCACUUGCAGUAUCGUUCCCCCUUUGCCAGGAGCAUCUGCAUGUGAUGCUUCUGUCCCGUUUCCCCCUCGGUAUUUUCUUAUGUAAUGUUCUAGAUACUGUAGAACUUAAUUUGUCAGAUUCAAUAUAAGCUCAGAUUUUGUUACCUGUCUUUUAAUAAUGCUUAUUUUGUCAAAUCAAAUAAAGAUCAAUGGAUGUUCUCUAUAAA